CUUCUUUGUCCCUCCUCCACCAUAGUACUCCUCCUCACGCCGCAGUCGGUCUCUCCUCGCAUCCCGCCGCAAACAGGAUGACUCACAACAACCUUCACUUCACCCUCACCUACAUUUAACCCAGCCAGUGUGUAUCCACACACACACACUGCGCCCCAUUUCUGCAUCCAUUCCCCGCUGAAACGGCAGCAGCACGAUGCCCGACACGGCGGCGGCGGCCGCUGCUGCAUCAUCGGCGAGCAGCAUCAGCAGCAGCAGCGACAGCGAGAGCUCGCGGCACAGACACCGAGCGCAAGGAGACUCGGAGCGGCCAGAGCAGCAGCAGCACAGCGCUGCCCCUCAGCCCACAUCAGCGGGCAUUUUGGAUAAGCUAUUUGGGAAGCGGCUGCUGCAGGCUGGGAGACACAUCAUGUCCCAUAAAUCCUGGAUGAAGACGGUGCCCACAGAGAACUGUGAUGUCCUUAUGACGUUUGCAGACACCACAGAUGACCACACGCUGCUCUGGCUUCUGAACCACAUACGGCUCGGCAUCCCAGAACUCAUUAUCCAGAUCCGACACCACAAACACACCAGAAUGUACGCCUUCUUCGUCACGGCCACAUACGAAAAUCUUUUACGAGGGGCUGAAGAGAUGGGACUGCAGAAAGCUGUGAAGCCGGAGUUUGGUGGUGGUUCUCGGAGUUUCUCCUGUGAGGAAGAUUACAUCUACGAGAACAUUGAGAGUGAACUCUGUUUCUUCACCUCACAGGAACGACAAAGCAUAAUCAAAUACUGGCUGGACAAUCUCAGAGCUAAACAUGGGGAGGCCCUUCACAACAUCCACUUCCUGGAAGGGCAGCCAAUCAUUCCUGAGCUGAGGGCACGAGGUGUGAUCCAGCAAGUCUUCCCACUUCAUGAGCAGAGGAUUCUGGGGCAGCUGAUGAAGUCGUGGGUGCAGGCCGUGUGUGAAAAACAGCCACUCGAUGAUAUUUGUGAUUAUUUUGGCGUGAAGAUUGCCAUGUACUUUGCCUGGCUGGGUUUCUACACCACUUCCAUGUUGUAUCCAGCCGUUAUUGGCUUUGUAUUGUGGAUGCUCACAGAAUCCGAUCAGACCAGCAGGGAUAUCUGUUGUGUGGUGUUUGCUCUCUUUAAUGUGGUGUGGGCCACAUUGUUCCUGGAGCGCUGGAAACGCAGAGGAGCGGAGCUCGCCUAUAAGUGGGGUACACUGGACACCCCAGCUGAGUCACUGGAGGAGCCCAGACCUCAGUUCAGGGGUGUGAAGCGGUGCAGUCCAGUGACGGGCUGUGAGGAGUUUUAUUACCCACCGUGGAGGAGGAGAGUGUUCAGAUGGCUGGUCAGCUUUCCUGUCUGUAUAUUAUGCCUUUGCUUUGUAUUUCUGGCCAUGCUCGUCUGCUUUGAGCUUCAGGAAUUUGUGAUGGGGAUUAAGGAGCUUCCACGUGUAGCAAGAUUUAUUCCUAAAAUCAUGUUGGCCAUCACUGUGACGGCGUGUGAUGAGGUGUACAGAAAGAUCGCCUGCUGGCUAAAUGACAUGGAAAAUUACAGACUCCAGAGUGCCUAUGAGAAAAAUCUCAUCAUCAAAAUGGUUCUUUUUCAGUUUGUAAAUUCUUAUCUCAGCCUUUUCUAUAUUGGAUUCUACCUCAAAGACAUGGAGCGUCUGAAAGAGAUGCUGGCCACACUGCUGAUUAUCCGGCAGUUUGUACAGAACAUGAAGGAGGUCCUGCAGCCCUACCUGGCCGAGCGGCACCGAUUGGGUGAGCUGACGCUGAGAGCCGUUUGGGAGCUGCUGGUGUCUGCACUGCUCAAGUACGGGCGGCUCGCAGCAGGACGAGCGCAGGUCUCGCCCAGCGACCCCACCGUGCUCGGCUCAGGCCUGCGCGGGCCACAGAUGGGGGAGGAGGGCCCUCAGGAGAGACGAGAACGCAAGUGUCUAAACGGUGGCUGCGGCGUCCCGGAUGAGGAUGUGGAGGAGGAGCCUGGCGAGAGGCACAGCGAAGAAGAGAACGAAUCGGAGAGCCUCAUCGAUUGUGGCCUGAAGUUACGAAAGGUCAGCUUCAUUGAGAAGGUAGAGCGCAAGUCUGCCAGCUGCAUCAGCGCGGUGGACGACAGCUUCAUGGAGGAGGGAAGCCCCACCAUGGUGGAGAGGGGCAUGGAUCCCGCCUCGGUUUUCGAGAUGUGCGAUGAUGAGGAUGAAAACGGGGCUCCGGAGAUGAAGGAGCUGACAACCGAGCCGCUGCCGGCGGGAGCGCAGAACUGCACUUCAGUCAGGCUCAGGAAGAGGGGACGGAGCUUAGAGAGGGCUGACAGUAAGACCAAGAGGGAUUCGUGGAUGGAUCCUCCUGAAGUACAAGAAACCAACAAGCUAACACAGGCCGAGAUGGAGAGCUGCAUGCAAACGAACCAGGACACUUUUCAGGACUACCAGGAGAUGUUUGUUCAGUUUGGAUAUGUGGUGCUCUUUUCCUCUGCCUUCCCGUUGGCCGCCAUGUGUGCCCUCAUUAACAAUAUCAUUGAGAUCCGGAGCGACGCGUUUAAACUGUGCACCAGCCUCCAGAGACCCUUCGGCCUGAGGGUGGGCAGCAUCGGGCAGUGGCAGACAGUGAUGGAAGCCAUGGGUCUGAUUGCCAUCAUAGUGAACUGCUAUCUGAUUGGUCAGUGUGGGCAGCUACAGAGACUGUUUCCCUGGCUUAGUCCUGAGAUGGCCAUUAUCUCCAUCGUCAUCCUAGAGCACUUUGCAGUACUAUUAAAGUAUAUCAUUCAUGUGGCAAUACCAGACAUCCCCAGCUGGGUCGGAGAGGAAAUGGCCAAGCUGGAGUUUCAGCGCAAAGAGGCGUUUAAGAAGCAUGAGCGUCAGGCACAGCAGCAUUUCCAGGAGCAGCAAAGGAGGAAGCGUGAGGAUGAGGAGCGCCAGCGGCAGGCGGAGUAUCAAGCCCGGCGUGAUCGAGACGACGGCCGCUCGGACUCUUCGGGUGGCGACCACCACCAUGACAAGAGCCACAGUGGCAAAUCCAGACCGGGGGGUGGGGGAGGCUCUUCUGGGGGAGAGAAACCCAAACGUCCCAGCUCGCUUCUUGGAAACAACAAUGUCAUGAAACUGAAGCAGAUCAUCCCUCUACAGAACAAGUUUUCUUCCGGCACAGCCCGUUCCCCACAGUCACCCACGGGUAGCGAACCCAAGCUACCGGGUUUCCUUAGUUUUAAGUUCCUAAAGUCUCCUGAGAACAAGAAGGAGGCGGCGAUGGCUUCCGCUAGUGCGAUGCCAGCUCCUCCAGUCCAGGAGAGAGCGGAAAGGUCCCAAUCACCCAACAAGUCCUUCAAUCCUGGGAAACUCUUUAACUUUGGGAAAUCAGAGGGAGGGGCAUGUGUAAAUGGGGCACAACUUUCAAAACCAGGGGAUGGGGGACAGGUGCAGGACAAGCCUCCAACAAAGUCCGACCUCAACGGGGUCCCGGACGAAAUCCCAUCCCCUUGUGGAGAGAAUGGUGAGAAUGCAUCCUCAUCCGAUGCUGAUCCAUCAGGCUCUAAGAUGUAACAAAACAGUGUGAGAAAAUACUUAGUAACAUUGAGGGCAGGAGAGUGGGGAUGUUUUUUGAGGCUGUGCAAGACCUGGAAGCUGUUAACUUAAAGACAUAAUGGGGAAUUCACUAAAAGCCCAGGUGUACUUCAUUUUCCGCGUUCUGCUACGUCUAGUGCACAAUUGUGCGUGCAAGUGUGCUCUGUUGACACUGAACAUAGAUGAACAUGUUUGGUGCGUGCGCCACCUAGUGGACUUUUAUUUUUGAGCGCUGAAAUCACACAUGCACUGCUGUACGUGCACAAGUUCAAAAAUUGGCCUGCAAGUGGAUGGCGUACACGGCAAAUAACGAAAAUUGUCAUGUGGACUGUUCACAAGCCAGGGCGGAACACAGACUAGGGAAGUUUUCGAAUACAAUGGGUCGACAGAUGAGCGUUGUGUAUUUGCACGUGUUGCGUGCUUUGUUUUAGCACCCGAUUCAGGUAAUGGUCGCCACUAGAGGUCAACCGAUAGUGGAUUUUACCGAUAACAGAUUAAUCAACCGAUAGUUUUUAAAAUGGAUACUGCAUGAAAACAAACAACACUCCAAAUAAAAUAGUGCUGAGCUUUAUUACAAAAAAACCCAGUAACGAAUCAUGAAUAUGUACUGUAAUUUUUAAAUGAUAUAUAAAACAAUGAUUUGGCUCAAAUAUAAUGUAAUGUAAUUGGAAAAACCCCCUUUAUAUUGACGAUAAAAAAGAACUGAAUUGGGAUCCGUUUCUGAUUUGUUUAUAUGUUUCUGCCAGCUGCAUGAAAUCAGUUUGCUUUCUCACAUCACUAGUUUUAAAUAUGCAACUUUGCUGGCUAACAAAUGCAUAAAAGUGACUAGCUGGAUGUGAGUAAUGCAAAUAGAUGGUAACAGCCGUGACAUUAAACAUUUGGGUCAGAGUUUGUCACAUUGUUUUACCGCUUGAGGCACUGUUAAUGUUAGCAUCCUCUCAGCCUUGAUGGCAACCAUACUGCUGUUCUUUCUCUACUAUUGUGGCAUAUAAUCAAACCAUUAAUUGCUUUAUAAUGAUAUAAAACAUAUACUGUAGUGUGGUGUAUGCAUAGUGUUUUGUUGUCUGUUUUAAAUCGUCAUCUGAAGUGUCCCGCUCUGUGCAGCGUUCAGUCUCACAUGUCAAAACAAACAGCACAUGGUUCGCCUCUAGAGGCCGCUCUCCUUCUGUAUAAUGACAGUGAAUCUUUUCAGCCACUCCAGCAAACAGAUCCAACUUGGAAAAUCUAUCGGCAUGGAUUUAUGCCGAUAACUGAUUGUUCCACCAACUGACUAUCGGUGCCGAUUAAUCGGCAAAAUCUGCAAAGAUCAGUUGGCCUCUCGUCGCCACAAAUUUAAUGCUGAGGGUACUUGCGCCUUAUUUCCAGACAAUAGCUGACAGACAGCAAGCGGUAAAAUGUUAACAACCUUUGCCAAUUUGGCGCAUUUUAUAAUGCGCUUCAUUUGCAUAGAAAGUAAGCUGACAACAACGACGACUCCGUAAUUUAAGUACGCAUGGCGUAGUGCAGUAUCGGCGCAUAUACAACUUGGUUAAGUUGGAUUGCGGCUGGUAAAUGACGCAUGGUUUCGUGCAGAAACGCUACACGCUACAGUGGUGCAAAUGUUUAGUGAAUUUACCCCAUAAUGGUUAAUGCUUCGCUAUAUUUCAGAAAAAAACUUUGCAGAAAAGACCGCCCUCCAUACAUACGCACACUUAUUCACACACACAUUGCCUUUUCUGCAACCCAAAUAGGAAUGCAUGAGCUGCGUUUCUGACGGUUUUUAAAGUGCAAUGUUUAAUUACUAGUCUGAUAAUUGUAACAUUUUAUUGGGUUGCCGGUAGAGAAAAAAAAUGGAAGAUCAGUUUAUACCAAUCUCACAGUAUGACCUCCAAAACACCAUAACAACUAUAAUCUCACAAGCAGCAGUUCCAACUAUGGGUGAUGAAAACUUUUGUAUGUGUUUAAAACAGUUGGUUUAGUAGAGCAAUAGCAAACAAGCAAAAACUACUGGUGGUCUAGUACAUCCAUACUGAAUAAUAUGCCCCGAAUGGCAUUAUAAAUGGCAUAAUUAAUAUAAUUAAUGUUAAUUAAUAAGUGAAAAUUAAUCAUGAAAACUGCAAUGAAACAAAUGCAAAGGGGUGUGUGAUGUUGAUUAUUUAUUGGUCUGAAAUUCAUAUAUACAUUUCACACUUUUCUGAAGAGCUGUUCACAAAGGCAGCAGGAUACCUGUCAUGAAAACUGCUGCCAUCUCCUGAAUUUGAUGGUCAUCUUCACAUUGCAUUGCCACCAGUAUCCUUAUCAUUAUAGCUCUGUUUAGAACCUUCAAGCUGAUAUGUUACCUAUAGUACAGACUUUAACCCUUCUUAAUUACAUCACAUCAGAUUGGAAACUACCCUAAACUGUAAGCAAGAUAGUGUUAAAACAUUUCAUACACCUCCAGUCAAACGUUUGGACGCACCGAAAAACCUUUAGGUUACUGCUUAAAUGCUUCAAAUUAGUUUUCAAGACGUUGAAAGAGCUUAAAUAUACAGUAGUUUAACAUUUUGUUUGCUACAGAAAUCAUAUACGUUAUUAUGUAUAUGAAUUAUACAUAUAUGCAUAAAUUUG